ACACAACAACACAACAACACCGAUUACUCGUGUACCAACAACACCGAUUACUCGUGUACCAACAACAACUUCCACUACUAGUUUUGCUUUUGGAUUUCAAUAUGAAUACUGGGAGCAAGCGCAGCAAUUCAGGAGCAGGAGAUGAACCUCAACAAUCUACAAAGCGAGCAAAGAAAUCAGUGGCUGAUGAUUUGAUUUGUCCCAUCAGUUUGGAAUUGCCGUGGGAACCUGUGACAGCUGAAGAUGGACGAAUCUAUGAGCGGGAAUGUAUUGAGGAGCACAUCAAGAAGAAUUCAGGGAAUCUCACAUCCCCUAUCACUGGAGAAAAGAUGGGCAAGAAGUUGUUACCAGCCAUCCAGCACCGCAAUAUCAUUGAGACUUUGUUAGAAUCUGGUGCCAUUGAGGAAGAUCUUACUGCCAAGUGGAAUGAAAAGGUGGAGCAGAAGAAGAAAAUGGAAGCAUUGUUGGAAAAGGCAGAAGCAGGCAAUGGAUAUGCAAUGUAUAUGGUAGGAGUCAAUUAUGUAGUUGGCCAGGAUGGCUUCAAGGAAGAUGAAAAAUUGGCCUUUCAGUGGACCAAGAGAGCUCAUGAGGCUGGGAGUGUCGUGGGCACAGCUGCUUUGGGCGAGCAUUAUUUGCUUGGUGUUGGAGUGCAGGCGUGCUGGCAGAAGGGCACUAUGUAUGCCUCUAUUGCAGCAGGUCAAGGAUCCAACCUUGCGGCAUUUCACUUGGGAAUUGCCUUGGCUUAUGGAAAGUAUGGCUUCAGCAAGGACAAGGCAGAUGCCAUUCGCUGGCUGGAGAAGGCCGUUGGACAUUGUCCUCAUGAGCACUUGUCAAGUGCUUGCAAGAACCAAGCUCGGAAAAAGCUUGAUGACCUCAAAGCCACCGCCGCAGAGGGCAAUGGGAUGCCCUGAUCUCAUUUUUCUUUCUGGAACUUGCUGCAGGAACCGCCGCCGGUCGUCUUGAUUGUGGUUGUGUAUUCCAGUUGCGAACUAUCUAGAUUCUAUGUUGCAUGUUUUCUACACGGCGGUAAUUCUAUAGCUGAUCACGACUAUCCAUACAUUUUAAUUUCCUUACUGCUUUGACUACAUGUACAUCUUCCUAUCUUAGCUGCCGCACCGUGUCGCUCCGUUCUUUCGUAUCCUAUCCAUUCAUCCCACCAGACUUCGUUCCGUCAUCCAUUUUCGUACUUCCUCAUCGGUAAUCUUGGCACGCCGUUGUUGAUGUUCCGCCACCAGUUCCUGCAGUACUUCAAUCAACUUGGCCUUGACCUUGUUGGUACUCCAGUACUCACCCGAUCCACUUCCAUAAUCCUUCCCAAUCUUGUCGAGUAAUUCAUCGUCUUCCAAAAAGAAUCGCAACCACUGAUAACUGACAUCGAUUUCCAAAUUGGCACCGAGCUCUUCCUGUUCCUUUUUCGUUUCUCGUCCCCCCGAAAACGCAUGUUCCUUGAUUUUGCGUUCAAUCUCUUCCGGUGUAUCCGUCAAGAAAAUGGCCGAAUUGGUAUCGGACGAACUCAUCUUGCCAGUGGCACCCUGCAGUGGAGGAAAGAAUUUGGAAUGAAUCAAUGCCGGUUUGCCAUUCAACCCAUGCGGUUUUUCGUUGGAUUUGGGUUUGGCCACCAGUUUGUGCGCCACAUCGCGGGUCAUGCGAAAGUAAGGAUCUUGAUCAAUGGCACACGGAAUCAAACACAUGCGUUUCGACGUAUGGUCGGCUUGUAGAACGGUCGGAAACGACGAUGCAAAACUGGGUGCCGCUUGAAUGGCCGGAAAGGCAAUUUUGCCAAUGUUACUGGAUCCAUCAAAACCAAAAAUCCCAUUGACCGUAUUGGUCGUCACCGCCUUCCAAAUGCGCACAAUAUUGGGAUACAUGCGUCCGACAUAGUCCAAAUCGGAAAAUAAAAAUGUCUUGUCGUAAUCGAAUCCACAGGCAAUAAUAUCACGGGCAUUUUCAAUCGUGAGAUUGGCAAAAUGAUUCAGAUUGUCUCCGUCUUGUUCGUCGUAGACGCCCUUGAAGAGAAACUUUUCAUCGUCUGUCAUUUGAAUGACCAAGGGACAAUCGAAUGCUUG